GAUGCGUUUAAACUCCGGAGUCCAGAAGGCAAAAGCAGUGGCAACACAGCACAGGGUAUAUAUAAAAUUCCAUCACCGUCGUCUUCCUCGAUUCCGGUUAGGGUUUGCACAGUGUAACUCUUCGGUAGCCAUGCAUUUUAGAUCCAAUAAUGCGUGACUAGUGCUUCAUUGUAUUCAAUUAUACAACACAAGAUCGUAAUUCGUCCACUAUUUCCAUUUGGUAACUCGCGACAUCGAAGGAUAUAUUCACAGUAUUGGAAGACGCGGCUUAGAGUAUUGAUAAUGGCAACCACUGCUUGUUUCAUCAUUGUCAGCAGAAAUGAUAUUCCUAUAUAUGAAGCUGAAGUUGGAGUAGCUGCUAAAAGGGAGGAUGCUGCUCAACUGCAUCAAUUUAUCCUCCACGCUGCUCUUGAUAUUGUUCAGGACCUUGCAUGGACUACUAGUGCUAUGUACUUAAAAUCAGUAGAUAGGUUUAAUGAGCUGGUGGUCUCGGUGUAUGUCACAGCUGGUCAUACCCGAUUUAUGUUGCUUCAUGACUCUCGCAAUGAUGAUGGCAUUAAGAGCUUCUUCCAAGAGGUUCACGAGCUUUACAUAAAGACUCUCCUUAAUCCCCUGUACUUGCCUGGCUCCCGUAUCACGUCAUCACAUUUUGACACUAAAGUCCGUGCCCUUGCACGAAAGUAUUUGUAGAAACCACUAGUAACCAGCUUCCUGAUGGUCUGUGGUUAACAAGUUACUAGUUCACAUAGCACUGAGGCCUGAGUCCACCUUGUUCAUUAUUGAUUAGCUUCGAAAGCUGUUUUUCCUUUUCUUUUUGUCCCUCAAGAUUUGGCGGCAAGGGUAGAUUUGCUGUUUUCUAGUAUGAUGUGUGCACCAGUCAUUAGGGGGUGGGUGGGCUGUGUUUGCUAAAGAAGGUGAUGUAUUGACAAAAGCUGUUCCAUUGCUACUGGCUUCAAAUUUUAUUAGAUACCAAUCUUGUAUUUAAUUCUCAGGUAUUUGAUAUUAUGUGGUAAAGGUUAUUUUUCAUUC